AUGGCGGCAGAUUUCGAGCAGCAAUCCUACUGGCACGAGCGGUUCCGCUCCGAGACUGCCUUCGAGUGGCUCCUCUCCUCGUCCGACUUUCUCAGCCUCGUCGAACCGCUGCUCGCCAGCCUCGACCGGUCGUCGGCCGCCAUCCUGCACGUCGGCUCCGGCACCAGCGACCUGCACAACCACCUGCGGCGGCGCGGCUUCCUCGGCGUCACCAACGUCGACUACGAGCCGCUGGCGGCGCGCCGCGGGCGGGAGCUCGAGCGGCGCGCCUUUGGCGACGUGCGGCUACGGUACGCCGUGGCGGACGCGACGCGGCUCCCGCAGGACCUCGCCAGCGAGUCCGACAGCGAAGAGGAAGAGGGUGUGCCAGGAAGAAGCGGCUUUCAGCUCGUGCUGGACAAGAGCACCUGCGACGCCAUCUCGUGCGGCGGCGAGGACGCCCUGCGGAAAAUGUGCGACAGCGUGUACCAGUGCCUCCGACCGGACGGUGCGUGGAUAGCGCUGAGCUUCUCGGCGGAUAGGUUCCAGCUGAGCGACCUGCCGUUUCAUGUCGAGGUGCUGUCAAAGGUGCAGACACCGAAAUCGAGAGCGACCGAUCCCGACAUUUUCUACUGGUGCUACUGCCUACGGCCGAGGUGA